CGCGCGCAAGCACUCACUCUGAGACACGACUCCCGCCGGACGCUAGCGUGAGCCCAGCGCUGCCGUCCCGUCAGAGCCGCAGCAUCGAACGUAGCCAUGGCGAGAACCAUCAACCGAGGCGCGGGAAGAGGCGGCGGCCGCGGCGGCAACUACGGCCGGGGCCGCGGCUACGGCCGCGGCAAAGGGGGCGGCCGCGGCGGCCGCCAGGGCGUGCUCUGGACGCGCAAGGCCCGCGAAUGUAAUACGCCCUGCCACAACGCCGCGAACAACGAUUUAAGGGACCGCUACCGCAAGUACUACGAGUUCAUCUGCGCGACCAAUGAAGAGACGAGGCAAGAACCGGGCACGUACCUCAAGGUCCUCAAGGGGUUAUAUUACCACGGCGAGGAGGUCGAUUCCUACGACGCCGCCCUACGAGUCAAGGGCGUCGGGCCGAUGCACGCGCGGAAGUGCGCGUCGGCCGUGCGCUGGCGCGAGCACCUCGACGCCAACAUCACUCCAAUUCAGCGGGGCCGCUGGGCGGCGCCGCCUCGCCAAGAGGGCCAGAAGCCCCGCUGGUGGCGCGUCGAGACCGUCGAAGUUCCGACAACGGGCAAGUGCAUGGCGCGGCGCCAGUGGGGCCUGGAAGGUACUGCUGGCUACGAUGAAGAUUUUAAGGACUUUAGUGAGCGGCGCAAGUGCGACUCUGACGUUGCGAGUUGGAUCCGGAGGAAGGAGGGCGAGGGGUAUCAAAGGUCGGCUCAUGGUGGAGAUGAUGGCGCGGACCACUACUUACCACCUCAAGAAGAGGAAGAACAAAGGGAGGUCGUCCCGCGCGUCCGGCGGUCGAAAUACGGUCCAAGGUUCUUAGACAAGGACACCGGGAGUCUGUCCGGUGUGUGUGCGUUGCUGGUGGCGCUGCACCGCCGGUCGCCUUUGGACAAGGCUACGCUAGCCCAGGAGGCCCAGCAGCAUACGAGGGUCGCGAUGACCGCAAAUGGCCAGCAGUGGUAUGGUGGUAUUAAAUCGCUAGAUACUUUACUAAAAAAUGAUAUCGUGGAACCCGUGCCGCAUGAUGUGCGACGCUACCGCUUAACGAGUGAGGCCGGAAGCGGUUUAGUUAGUGGUGUCGAGCUGGCGCGCGACGUCGAUGCUCGUUAUCGCAAGGAGCUCGAGCAUGCAGCUCCACAAAGAGACGACGAUAGCGAUGAAGAAGCGCCUCAGAAGAGACGACGGAGCUGCCUCGAACGCUUGAGGAACGACGUCGACGGGGCCAGGCCGUUCCUAGACGUCUACGACAUUACGUUAUAUGUUGAUAGUAGAGAAAAACGAAAGAACGACAACCACGAGGCCGACGCCAUCGUUGGAUUAUUGCAUCAAGGUGCCCAGGCAAUGAGUGUGAAGAAGGCGCCGUUGCAAGUCGGGGAUUACCUAUUUAUCGCGACGCCAAAAAACGAACAGCAGUACGACACGUUCUGGCGGGACCGAGGCAUUGUUGUAGGGUCCUGUAUCGAGCGCAAAUGUGCUUCGGAUUUCCAUACGACCGUGAAGGGCAAGUCUCAUCAUCGAAAGCAGACGCUGGCGUUAUCUCGUUGUGGCGUGCCCGCUUCGUAUGUGAUUGAGGGUGACAUCGAUGCGUUGGAUAUUUGUAGUUUAGAUAAGCAGGAUUUACAUGACGAGAUGGCGCGCUUGGAGAUCCAGCUUGGAUUUACGGUCCAUAGAUCCCCGUCCUUUGAACAUACGGUACGCUACCUCCAAGGGCUGGAUGCGUACUUGCGCGACGAUUUACGUCGUAAAACAGUAGACGAUGUAUUGAAGAACGCGAUGGCUUAUAGAGAUAUCAUACAAUCGCUGGGUAUCGACGAGAAGCAGUGGGACCUAAAAGCGCGGUUCGGGGCUUUUUUACUACAUGUACCGGGCGUCAAAAACGAGUACGUCGCGCAUAUUCUGGCGAAGUACCCGACGUUUGCGUUGUUGAAGCGGGCCUUGGAUUCCCAUUCACUAGAAGAGCCGCUCCUGACGCGCGUGCUCGUGCCCGGGUCGCGGCGCCGCGCGGACGCGAAAAAGAUCGCGGACUUCUUUGUUCUGAGGGACUACCCCGUCACCGGAUAAGUGUGUUUGAUUGUC